AUGGCCAUUCAUGGAUCAUAUAGUACUCUUUGUGCCCUGGCCCUUUGUCUAAUGGCUGCUGCUUUGGCAGCAGCAGAUUAUGGUGAUAACCAUUAUCACCAUAAGUCUCCGCAUCACCAUAAGUCUCCGCAUCACCAUUAUAAGUCACCUUCAUCAUCGUGGUUGCCUCCAUAUCUUUAUAAAUCUCCACCACCGCCAUCGUCUUACAUUUAUUCAUCUCCUCCACCACCACCUUAUGUUUACAAGUCACCCCCGCCUCCUCCUUAUGUCUACUCGUCUCCACCACCGCCGCCUUACAUUUAUAAGUCUCCUCCUCCACCUCCUUAUGUUUACACAUCUCCACCACCACCACCCUAUGUUUACAAAUCUCCACCACCACCUCCCUAUGUUUACUCUUCUCCUCCACCACCACCUUACAUUUACAAGUCUCCUCCACCCCCUCCUUAUGUUUACUCAUCCCCUCCUCCACCACCUUACGUUUACAAGUCACCUCCUCCACCACCUUACGUUUACAAGUCACCUCCUCCACCAGCAUAUGUGUACUCUUCCCCUCCUCCACCAUCUUACGUUUACAAGUCACCUCCUCCACCUUCAUAUGUUUAUAAGUCACCUCCUCCACCUGCAUACGUCUACUCUUCCCCUCCUCCACCAUCUUACGUUUACAAAUCACCUCCUCCACCUGCAUAUGUGUAUUCUUCCCCUCCUCCACCAUCUCCUUAUGUUUACAAGUCGCCCCCGCCUCCUCCUUAUGUCUACUCGUCUCCACCACCUCCGCCUUACAUUUAUAAGUCUCCUCUUCCACCUCCUUAUGUUUACACAUCUCCACCACCACCACCCUAUGUUUACAAAUCUCCACCACCACCUCCCUAUGUUUACUCUUCUCCUCCACCACCACCUUACAUUUACAAGUCUCCUCCACCCCCUCCUUAUGUUUACUCAUCCCCUCCUCCACCACCUUACGUUUACAAGUCACCUCCUCCACCACCAUACGUUUACAAGUCACCUCCUCCACCAGCAUAUGUGUACUCUUCCCCUCCUCCACCACCUUACGUUUACAAGUCACCUCCUCCACCACCAUAUGUGUACUCUUCCCCUCCUCCACCAUCUUACAUUUACAAGUCACCUCCUCCACCUUCAUAUGUUUAUAAGUCACCUCCUCCACCUGCAUAUGUCUACUCUUCCCCUCCUCCACCAUCUUACAUUUACAAGUCACCUCCUCCACCUUCAUACGUUUAUAAAUCACCUCCUCCACCUGCAUACAUCUACUCUUCUCCUCCUCCACCAUCUUACGUUUACAAAUCUCCUCCUCCACCUGCAUACGUUUACAAGUCACCUCCUCCACCUGCAUAUGUGUAUUCUUCCCCUCCUCCACCAUCAUACGUUUACAAGUCACCUCCUCCACCAUCUUAUGUUUAUAAGUCACCUCCUCCACCUGCAUAUAUGUACUCUUCCCCUCCUCCACCUGCAUACGUUUACAAGUCUCCUCCUCCACCUGCAUAUGUGUAUUCUUCCCCUCCUCCACCAUCAUACAUUUACAAGUCACCUCCUCCACCUGCAUAUGUGUACUCAUAUCCUCCUCCACCAUCUUAUGUUUAUAAGUCACCUCCUCCACCUGCAUACAUUUACAAGUCACCUCCUCCACCUGCAUACGUUUACAAGUCACCUCCUCCACCGUCUUACGUUUACAAGUCACCUCCUCCACCUACAUACAUUUACAAGUCACCUCCUCCACCUGCAUAUGUGUACUCUUCCCCUCCUCCACCAUCUUAUGUUUAUAAGUCUCCUCCUCCACCUCCAUACGUUUACAAGUCACCUCCUCCACCUGCAUAUGUGUACUCCUCCCCUCCUCCACCAUCUUACGUUUACAAGUCACCUCCUCCACCUGCAUACGUUUACAAGUCACCUCCUCCACCUGCAUAUGCGUACUCUUCCCCUCCUGAAAGUGAAGGGGUAGAGGCUUCUAAAAAUGAAGUUAAGGAGGCACUUAUGCUAGAUGAAGAAGAUCCAAACAAACCAGGAAAAGUGGGUGCAGUUGAAGCUGAACCCGAAGAAACCCUAAACAGUGAUGGUGUAGCAGCCGAAGCCGAAGAAGGUGUCCUAGUCAAAGUAGUAGAAGAUGAAGAUCCAAGUGCUACUGAGGUCGCAAAUGAUCCGAAAUUAGAUGCACCAAAAGGAUACGACGAUGAAUUGGUUGUUAUCCCAAAAAGAGGAGUUGGCGAAGAACUAGCGAUGGUUGAUCCAAAUCCUAAUGAAGGAGUGGAGGUUGUUGAAGUAGUAUUGUUGGUUAAUCCAGAUCUGAAAGGAGUAGAGACUUCAAUUGUGCGUGCGCUAAAUCCAAAGGAAGGUAUGGAAGUGCCUAAAUCCGAUGCACCAGUUGUUCCAGAGAAAGGUGUGGAAGCGGCUAAAGUCGAGGCACUAGUUGUUCUGAAUCCGAAGGUAGGGACACCACUUGCUCCAAAACAAAAUGAACUGGCGGAAGCGGAUGACGCUGGGGUUAGGGUUUGA